CAUGCUGAUGGUGCUGGACACGCAGAACACACGGACUACGCGGAACACGCAGGACCCGCUGCUGCUGGCGACUGGCUGCUUUCGGGAUUUGCUUUGUCACUGCUGGGAUUGCAGAUGACAGGCUAAUAUCAAACAUGUCGAAAGCACCGAUGUGUGGAGACACGCAGUUGCAUCGGCUCCGGCCAUCGCAAAGACGUGCUCCAGCGUCAGCAUGAGUCUUCCACCGGAGAUCAGUGAAUGGCUGCACCUGAAAAAAAUGCCGAAGCAGUAGAUCGAUUGCCCAGGUGUCUUCUUCGUCUUCUCCAUGAGUUGCUUGCGUCUGGAACGCAGACUUGCCCGGAAUCAGGGCCGCCAGGGGUCUUGCUUCGGCUCUUUGGAGACGGCUGCUGGACUGCAAUCUGUACAUGGGCUGACACGGAUGCCAAUACUUAGGCGGCUAUGUGAGCGUCGUGCAGAUGAUGAGGCUGGAGCGUUCCCCAAUACUUGGCGGCUACGUGUCGAUGAAGGAGGUGCAGCUGGAUACUGCGGUGAAGAUCCUUCAAGAUGCAGUGACGCUGGACAGCGAGGAUACGCUGGGCAGUUGGACAUGCAGGACAUGCUGAUGGUGCUGGACACGCAGAACACACCGAAUACGCGGAACACGCAGGACCCGCUGCUGCUGGCGAGUGGCUGCUUUCGAAAAGUGCUUUGUCACUGCUGGGAUCGCAGAUGACAGGCUAAGUCCAAAGCAUGUCAGAAGCACGGAUGUGUGGUUGGUUCACGCAAAUGCAUCGGCUCCGGCCAUCGCAAAGACGUGCUCCACAGCAUCAGCAUGAGUCUUCCACCGGAGAUCAGUGGAUGGCUGCACCUGAAAAACAUGCCGAAGCAGUAGAUCGAUUGCCCAGGUGUCUUCUUCGUCUUCUCCAUGAGUUGCUUGCGUCUGGAACGCAGACAUGCCCAGAAUCAGGGCCGCCAGGGGUCUUGCUUGGCAGGUCCCAAACUAGCCUUGGCAGUGGGCUAAGUGGUUCAAGGGGAAGCGGCUGUUUGGAGUGAUCGGCUGGCCGGGCUAGAACCUGUAGAUGGCCUGACAUGGAUGCCAAUACUUGGAGCUACGUGUGCGUCGUGAAGAUGAUGAAGGAGGCCGCAGCCGGAUACUGCGCUGAAGACCCUUUUACGAUGUGCUGGACAUGCUGCUGGAGAUGCAGGACAUGCUGAUGUUACUGGACGCGCAGAACACAUGGAAUACGCGGAACAAGCAGGACCCGCUGCUGCUGGCGACUGGCUGCUUUCGGGAAGUGCUUUGUCACUGCUGGGAUUGCAGGUGACAGGCUAAGUCCAAAGCAUGUCGGAAGCACUGAUGUGUGGAGUCACGCAGUUGCAUCGGCUCUGGCCAUCGCAAAGACGUGCUCCACAGCAUCAUGAGUCUUCCACUGAGGGAUCAGGGGAUGGCUGCAGAUCCAUUGCCUGGAGGAUGUCGCACCGUCUUCGUCAGGGCCUGCACUGGUUUUGCUUGCCAGGUCCCAAACUAGCCUUGGCUGGAAGCUGGUCCAGUGCUCUUUGGAGUGAACUGCUGCCCAUCUAGAACCUCUAGAUGGCCUGACAUGGAUGCCAAAUACUUGGCGGCUACAGGUGGGUCGCGCAGAUGAUGAAGGAGGACGCAGCCGGAUACUGCGCUGAAGACCCUGGAAGAUGCAUAGCUGCUGGACACCAUGGAUACGCUGGACAAGCUUGACAUGCAGGACAUGCUGGAUACGCAGAACGCGCGUUGCAUGCAGGACACGCUUGGGGUGCUGGACAUGCAGCACACGCUGCUGCACGCUCAGGAUGUUGUAUGCGAGACAUGCUAUGCGACUGGCUGCUUUCGGGAAGUGCUUUGUCACUGCUGGGAUUUCAGGUGACAGGCUAAGUCCAAAACAUGUCGAAAGCACCGAUGUGUGGAGUCACGCAGUUGCAUCGGCUCCGGCCAUCGCAAAGACGUGCUCCACAGCAUCAGCAUGAGUCUUCCACUGAGGGAUCAGGGGAUGGCUGCACCUGAAAAACACUGCGAGGCAGUAGAUCGAUUGCCCAGGAGCUUGUUUCAAGCGUAGUCGUCUGCUCCAUGAGGUGCUUGCGUCUUAACGCGGACAUGCCCAGCCAGAAUCAGGAGUGGUUCAAGGGGAAGCGGCUGUUUGGAAUGAACGGUUGGCUAGAACCUGUAGAUGGGCUGAAAUGGCUGUCAAUACUUGGAGCUACGUGUGCGUCGUGCAGAUGAUGAAGGAGGCCGCAGCCGGAUUCUGCGCUGAAGACCCUUUACGAUGCAGAGACUAGACACCGAGAUAUGCUGGACACGCUGCUGGACAUGCAGGACAUGCUGAUGUUGCUGGACACGCAGAACGCACGGAAUACGCGGAACACACAGGACCUGCUGCUGCUGGCGACUGGCUGCUUUUGGGAAGUGCUUUGUCACUGUUCGGAUUUCAGAUGACAGGCUAAGUCCAAAGCAUGUCGGAAGCACUGAUGUGUGGAGUGACGCAGUUGCAUCGGCUCCGGCCAUCGCAAAGACGUGCUCCACAGCAUCAGCAUGAGUCUUUCACUGAGGGAUCAGGGGAUGGCUGCACCUGAAAAACACUGCGAGGCAGUAGAUCGAUUGCCCAGGAGCUUGUUUCAAGCGUAGUCGUCUGCUCCAUGAGGUGCUUGCGUCUUAACGCGGACAUGCCCAGCCAGAAUCAGGAGUGGUUCAAGGGGAAGCGGCUGUUUGGAAUGAACGGCUGCCAGGCUAGAACCUGUAGAUGGCCUGACAUGGAUGCCACUACUUGGCGGCUACGUGUGCAUUGUGCAGAUGACGAAGAAGGCGGCACCGGAUGCUGCGCUGAAGACCCUUCAAGAUGCAUAGCUGCUGGACACGGUGGAUACGCUGGACAAGCUUGACAUGGAGGACAUGCUGGAUACGCAGAACGCGCGUUGCAUGCAGGACACGCUGGGUGCUGGACAUGCAGCACACGCUGCUGCACGCUCAGGAUGUUGCAUGCGAGACAUGCUAUGCGACUGGCUGCUUUCGGGAAGUGCUUUGUCACUGCUGGGAUUUCAGGUGACAGGCUAAGUCCAAAGCAUGUCGGAAGCACCGAUGUGUGGAGACACGCAGUUGCAUCGGCUCCGGCCAUCGCAAAGACGUGCUCCACAGCAUCAGCAUGAGUCUUCCACUGAGGGAUCAGGGGAUGGCUGCACCUGAAAAACACUGCGAGGCAGUAGAUCGAUUGCCAAGCAGGUUGUUUCAAGCGUAGUCGUCUGCUCCAUGAGGCGCUUGCGUCUUAGCGCGGACAUGCCCAGCCAGAAUCAGGAGUGGUUCAAGGGGAAUCGGCUGUUUGGAAUGAACGGCUGCCAGGCUUGAUCCUGUAGAUGGCCUGACAUGGAUGCCACUACUUGGCGGCUACGUGUGCAUCGUGCAGAUGAUGAAGAAGGCCGCAGCCGGAUACUGCGCUGAAGAUCCUUCAAGAUGCAGAGAUGCUGGACACCGUGAAUACGCCGGACAAGCUUGACAUGCUGGACAUGCUGACGGUGCUGCACGCAGAACUUGCGGAACAUGCAGGGGACGCUGGGGGGCUUAACAAGCAGAACACGAGGAACAUGCAGGAUGCUGCUGUUGUUGGACACGCUAGACUUGACUUGCUGGCAACUGGCUGCUUGCGGGAAGCUCUUCGUCACGGCUGCGAUUUCGGACAAUAGGCUAAGUCCAAAGCAUGUUGGAAACAACGACUGCGUAGUUGCAUCGGCUCCGGCCAUCGUGCUACUCAGCGUGAAGGUGGCUGAUGAAAAACACCGCGAGGCGGUAGAUCGAUUGUCCAGGAGGUUGCCGCUUGUGUCCGGAACGGAGUUCCCCACUGCCGCAGUGCGCGGUUGCCAAUACUUGGCGGCUACUUGUGCGUCCUGCAGGUGGAGGCGGCCGUGGGAUGCUGCGCAGAAGAUCCUUCAGGAUGUGAAGACGCUCGAGACACGGCUGGACAUGCUGGACAUUCGGGAGGCGCUGGACACGCACCUGCAGAGCCUGCAGGACCCGCAGCUGGUCACUGUGUGGAUCGCCAUCCAGAGCUGAUCCAGACCCUCCAUCUAGAUUUCUUUGGCUGCUUAGACGACGGAGAUGGAUAUGGCAUGGACUUCUGGACGUGGAGCGCGGCUGAACAUCGAGCUGGAGAUUCUCAAUAUGAUGGACAUAUGAGUGGGAGGAUUUGGAUGCAGGCUGAUGCGGAAUAUCGUGGAACUCUAAAAUCAUGGAGUCACCCAGUUGGCUCCGGUCAUCGCAACUGUGUGAUCCGCAAAUUCCCUAAAUCUUUUCGUUGUUUGGGCAAGUGCGGGUUUUUGAAGGGAUCCGAGUCAAUGUCAAUUGUCUCACCCAGUCCCAAGACUACGCUGUGCCUCAUGACGUACUUAUAAAAGUACUCUCCUGUCUUGCCACCCUUAUUGGAUGUAGUUCCCCGCAACAAGCUGUUGUGCUAGCAUUUUGGGCUAUAGCAGGCUAUAAUUGGCUUCAGGUUGGUAUGUGUAGCUUCGUAUUCUGAACAAAAACACCCGCAGCCACAUCAUUUGGCGCUUGUGCUGCUAUUCUAGAGCGCUUACAUGGCGGAGAUUGACUCCGCGCAUGCUGAAUGAAACAGCCGCACCGUCACUUCAUUCGGUGCCGUCCCUGCUGCUUCUACAGCACGGAGACGAGGGCGACUCGAUUGAAAUGCUUCCAGGAUGCGGAGCGGUGAGGAGCUGGAGAUGCCGGACAUGCUGAACAAAAUGCUGAGCAAGCACCUUGUGGCUUUCCUCCACGCCAAGGCCAAGAGCGAUUCUCCCCCAAAAAGAGUCCCAGAACCCCAGAUGUUCGUCUAAGGCAGGCUGAUCCGGUCCCCUGGAACCCGCAAGGGAGGGCCAAAUUCACCAGGGGCUUCUUGUAGUCUGGCGAUUGGAUGCUGGCAAACAGCAGGAACUUCCAUAGGAUUCGGACAUAGGCCGACGCGGAGCUCGAGCGCUAGAGUCAUGGAGUCGCGCAGUUGCAUGGCUCCGGCCAUCGCAACUGUGUGCUUCGCGGGGGGUUCGCGUGAAUUGCAUGUCAUGUGGCCCUUACAUUAUGCAGGCGCGGCCAUGAGCUGUGGUCUUUACGGUGCACAUGCUACAUGCCCCAUUCUCCUCACUGUUGCCGCUAGAUUCACCGGCAAGGACCUUCAUGAUGUUGCGCUUAGGGCGACAUGUACCGCAGGAAAUAUGCUGCAGCUGGCAGCAGCCCACAGAAGUUCAUGACAUGUGCUGCCGUUGCUAUAUCCACUGGCUGUCAGGAUCGUUGUGGAAACAGCAAUGUUACAGAUUUCAAUCGUGCCGUGUCAGAGGCACUGAUUAGAAGGAAAUAACGCGAUGUGGACAAACACAGCAAGCAACAAAGCAACUCGACAUUUUUGUUGUCUGCGACCAAGGGGCAAGUUGUAAUUGUCAAAUUCAGCGGAUUGGCCUCGCGAGCAAAAGCAUGUAUGCCAUGCGCUCUGUAAUGUUGGGCUUUCUUUGUAGUGCAUGCAGAUUGCAAUGCGGCGCUUGGGUGCCGUUAGAGCUAAUCACACUUGGUGAAUGAGAACCGAGC